CACUUCCAGAAAGUUCUCUCAGGACUGCUAUAUAGAGCAGGCAAGUGUAGUACAGUUACACUCUUCCUUCUGCAGGACUCAACCCAGAAAAGAGAGAAAGAGACAUAUGUGCCAGAAUGAAAAUGGCAGACAUGAAAACAACUAAAGACUGCUACAGCUGCUUUUGGAGACUGACAGGAUGUGGAUGACUCAUGUUGUUGCUUUUUGUCUGCUGGUCCUCGUGGCCUUUGCAGAGGACAAGAAGCUGAGCAGCCAUGCAACCACGCUGGCUGGUAAAAGCGUCGAUCUGGCCUUCAGCCUGUACCACAGCAUGGCAAAGGAGAAGGACACAGAGAACAUCCUCAUCUCUCCUGUGGUGGUGGCCUCCUCUCUGGGGAUGGUGGCUCUUGGAGGCAAAGCUGCUACUGCCUCUCAGGUCAAAACUGUACUCAGUGCUGACAAACUGAAGGAUGAGCAUCUGCAUGCAGGCCUGUCUGAGCUGCUUUCUGAGGUGAGUGACGCAAAGACACGCAACACAACCUGGAAGAUCAACAACCGCCUCUACGGCCCCAGCUCCGUCUCCUUUGCUGAUGAUUUUGUCAAAACCAGCAAGAAGCACUACAACUAUGACCACUCCAAAAUAAACUUCAGGGACAAGAAGAGCGCUGUGAACUCCAUCAACGAGUGGGCAGCCAAGUCGACAGGUGGCAAGCUGCCAGAGAUCACGAAGGAUGUGCCGAACGCAGAUGGAGCCAUGAUUGUGAACGCUAUGUUCUUCAAACCGCACUGGGAUGAGAAGUUCCAUGAUGCAAUGGUGGACCAACGUAGUUUCCUGGUUACUCAUUCAUUCACUGUUGCCGUUCCCAUGAUGCAUCGCACAGGUCUGUACGACUUCCAUGAGGACACAGUGAACCAAAUCUUUGCUCUGAACAUGCCUCUUGGCCAGAAGCAGGCCUCUAUGAUUCUUAUCAUGCCCUACCACAUGGAGCCCCUGGAGCGCCUGGAGAAACUCUUGACCAAGGCGCAGGUGGACACCUGGCUCAGCAAGAUGCAGAACAGGGCUGUCGCUAUUUCCCUCCCAAAAAUCUCAGUUGAAGUCAGCCACAACUUGCAGAAACAUCUGGCUGACCUUGGCCUGACUGAGGCUGUGGACAAAGCCAAAGCUGACCUCUCCAACAUCUCAGGGAAGAAAGACCUCUACCUCUCGAACGUGUUCCAUGCAUCAGCCCUCGAGUUGGACGUGGAGGGAAACCCAUUCGACACCGGCAUAUUUGGCUCUGACAAGCUCAGGAACCCCAAACUUUUCUACUUAGAUCACCCCUUCAUUUUCCUGGUCAGGGACAACAAGACCAAGUCUAUCAUGUACAUCGGCAGAGUAGUUAAACCUAAAGGAGACAAGAUACGUGAUGAGCUAUAAUGUUAAUGUCAUUAAUUGUGGUGGGUCGUUAUAGUUUUGAAAUGAUGGCAGGAAACUGUGUCCAUUUGUGUGUGUUUAAGUCUGACUGAUACCUCUUGAGUAAAUUCAAACAAUCUAACUUUUUGAACUUCUUUUUAACACAAAACCUUCCCAGAGAUCAAUUCUGCAUCAAAGUGGAGGCUCAGCCUUAAAACCCCAAUGCAUAGUCCAUGGUUUCUAUAAUAGAUAUAAGCCUUAUCUGAGAUUUCACUCAUUCAAACAGCAGUUGGCACCGCCGACACCAUGCUUAUAUUAAGUGUGAUCUCUCUUUCUUUACAUCUUUGUUUUGCCACUAUUGGUUCGGCUAGGCUCCACUUGUGUCUUCUCACAUUAUCUUUAACGUUUAAAGAAAAAAAAAAAGAUCUUCGCACAAGCAUUUAUACUCAAUCCUUACGCCCUCCUUCCUCUUUACAACCUCAGAUGUGGAUUUUGCCUCCAGUCCGCACUGAAUCUUUCCUCUGUGCGAGCUGAGCCUGCAGAGAGAAGGUGGCAAAAUGUGCUCUCCUUUCUUUAUUGUACUUGCCAACCAUACUGUGUCAUGUUGUUACUGUAGGUGUUUUUCCACAAAGAAGUGGUUGGAAAUGUGCUGUUCUGUAAUAACGUGUUGACUUUUCAAUAAAAAAGAAACAGAU